UGCAGGCAAGAAGUAGCGUUGGAGGAUUUUGAGCUGCACAAUGAUGAGCGCUCCAUUUUUCUUCAUUAUACUUGUCCAUGCUAUUAUUAUUAUUCCCUGCGCUGUUGAGUCUUCCCACACAAGCAAUGCUACCGAUGAGCAGGCUCUUUUGGAGAGACUAUACUUGGGUUGGAAUAAUUUACAAGGAAACAUCCCUAUAGAGAUUGGUCAGGUAAAGAACCUAGGGCUUCUAGCUCUUCUAUAUAAUAAUCUCUCUGGAAAUAUUCCAGACUCCCUUGCCCACCUCCAGCAAAUAAGAGGUCUAUACCUAGGAGUCAACGAGUUAACAGGGACUAUUCCUUCAAGUUUAGGUUGGAAUUGCUUGAUCUCUCAUACAACAAGCUGCGUGGACGCAUACCUCCACAGAAUAUGGAAUGAGUGGACAUGUUACUACAAAAGGAGAUGUUUACAGCUAUGGAAUAAUGUUAUUAGAGAUGAUGACUGGAAAGAAGCCAACCAACAAUAUAUUCGUAGAAGGAAUGAAGUUGCAUAAGUGGGUGAGCAGAUGCUUUCCAAAUACAAUAGAAGAAGUAGUUGACGGAAAUUUGGUGAAUGGUGAGCUGAAUAAUGAUGAAAAUAAGGUAUUGAAUUGCAUCAGGCAACUCAUCUAUGUGGGUUUGCUUUGUACAAAAGAAUCCCCAGAAGAACGACUAGAUAUGAUUGAAAUUGUAAAAAUAUUGCAUAUUAUCAAAGACAGUUUUCUUGGAGCUGUUCCAACUAGAACAUUUCAGUUAGAUUUAUCAUCAUUCCUAAGUAGCAGAAAAAUUGGUCGCAAUAAUGAUGAAAGCCGAAGUUCUUCAUUCUGAACAGAAAAAUCAGAAAUGGAAAAAAUGGUCAUGGAUCAAAUCUUCUCCCAGGUAAAUUUUAAUCCAAGAUUUUAUUUUUCAGCAUCCUUGUACAUAUUCCAGUGCUUAGUGAUUGAAAAACUAUAUUCUAGCACCUUUCAA